ACCAGUUAGGCAACUCUGUGGUCAGUUUGAGCGACCUGCUGACCAGUGAGUACCGCAAAGUGGUGGGAAUAAGAACAUUCAGCAAGUGGUUUAAAGAAGAAACAGAAGCAUUUGGACUUCAUACCCUCUCUGGGCUUGGGUUUCUUGAAAUCACCAGGCUUGCAGCAGAAGGAAAAUGGCUACACUGCAGUACAUUUCUGGAUUCGGGAACGAAUGUGCCUCAGAGGACCCCCGAUGCCCUGGUGCACUGCCAGAAGGACAGAACAAUCCUCAAGUUUGUCCCUACAAUCUGUAUGCUGAGCAGCUCUCGGGAUCAGCUUUUACUUGUCCAAGGAGCACCAAUAAGAGAAGCUGGCUGUAUAGGAUUCUACCUUCAGUUUCUCACAAGCCCUUUGAAUCCACUGACCAAGGCCAUGUCACUAACAACUGGGAUGAAGUUGAUCCUGAUCCUAACCAGCUUAGAUGGAAACCAUUUGAGAUUCCAAAAGCAUCUCAGAAGAAGGUGGACUUUGUGAGUGGCCUGCACACCUUAUGUGGAGCUGGAGACAUCAGGUCUAACAAUGGGCUUGCUGUCCACAUUUUCCUCUGCAACACCUCCAUGGGGGACAGAUGCUUUUACAAUUCCGAUGGGGACUUCUUGAUUGUUCCCCAGAAAGGGAAACUUCUCAUUUACACCGAGUUUGGCAAGAUGAUUGUGCAGCCCAACGAGAUCUGCAUCAUUCAGGUGAGAUCAUAUUUUUCAAUUUCCAUUCUCUUAUUUCCAGAGAGCNNNNGCUACAUCCUAGAAGUCUACGGAGUCCACUUUGAGUUGCCUGACCUGGGACCAAUUGGAGCCAAUGGCCUGGCCAAUCCUCGUGAUUUCUUGAUACCUGUUGCCUGGUAUGAAGAUCGCCAAGUGCCAGGUGGUUACACUGUGAUUAAUAAAUACCAGGGAAAGCUGUUUGCUGCCAAACAGAAUGUCUCCCCGUUCAAUGUCGUGGCCUGGCAUGGGAACUACACCCCCUACAAGUACAACUUGGAGAACUUCAUGGUCAUCAACGCGGUGGCCUAUGACCACGCAGACCCGUCCAUUUUCACAGUACUGACGGCCAAGUCUCUCCGCCCUGGAGUGGCCAUCGCUGAUUUUGUCAUCUUCCCACCUCGAUGGGGGGUCGCUGAUAAGACCUUCAGGCCUCCUUAUUACCACAGGAACUGCAUGAGUGAAUUCAUGGGGCUCAUCAAAGGUCAUUAUGAGGCAAAAGAAGGUGGGUUCCUGCCAGGAGGAGGCAGCCUGCACAGCACCAUGACUCCCCACGGGCCUGAUGCCGAGUGCUUUGAGAAGGCCAGUAAAGCCAAGUUGGUACCUGAGAGGAUUGCUGAUGGCACCAUGGCGUUUAUGUUUGAGUCUUCUCUAAGCAUGGCCGUCACCAAGUGGGGGCUCAAGACCUCUCACUGUUUGGAUGACAACUACUACAAGUGCUGGGAGCCUCUCAAGAGCCACUUUACCCCCAAUUCCAGGAGCCCAGCAGGACCUAAGUGAGACGGGAGCAUUGCUGCCCAGUUGAGAAUGGAUUUGUUUCUCUUAGAAUCUGAUGACUUCUGGCAGUAUCGGGAGAGGGGGCGGGUUAAAAUGAGAACUCACAUUUUGAUAGUCAAGUGACUGAGACAUUGGUAGAAAUGUAUUUGGAAAGUUCUAUGGCUGUCCGCUUAAUUAUUCAAUAAAUACUUCCUGGUGUUGUGUGGAAGUGGCAAUUGGUCCUAAUCAGCACUGGAU